AUGACGGGAGUAGUGGUGCCUAUUGUCACCACUUUAGUAUACACCAUUGUCGACCCGAAUAACCCAUCUUCCCUGACGGUGACCGAGUUCUGCACCACGUUAAGACCACCGCCAUGUCGUCACUGUCAGUAUCAAAAGUCACCAACGGUGGAGAUGACAACUACUGAAGUUGCAUAUAAUGCUUGCGGCCAGCAAGGCGAAAACACCAUCAUCCUACAUGUGCCAGCAAGGGCGAUUGCGGCAUCACACACCAAGGAUCACCCCGCUCAGAAGACGGAUCGAGUGCUAUACCAUGAGCCUAAGCCCCAUGUGCAGGGAGAUGCCCCUGGACAGAAGACUCACCCAGAUGAAGGAGAUUCUCACGCUGGACACCAACCUCAGGGGCUUUCACCUGAGGCUGGAAGCCAGUCAUACGAAGGCGGUGAUCAUGAGGCUGGCUGGCCUUGUUCUUCUGUAAAUAUUCAAUUUGGCCAUGUUGAGUGGCUAGUUUCUUCUUCAAAUUUUUGUAAAUAA